UUGGCCCAUGAAGCGUAUGCAUGUGAGGAGAAAGAGGAAAGGUUGGUGACAGAUGCUGUAAAACAUCUAACAGAAGCUAAUCAUCAAAUCAAGGAUCUACACAAUCCUAGAGUAUAUCAUGAAAAUGAUGAUCUGACUGCAAACCUUAGAGUUUAUCAGGAGACGCAGGAUGAUUUAACGACGGAGCUGUGCGACCUGAAGGACAAGUACCGGGAGGUGGUAGAGCUGCUCCGGGAUACCCAGGAGCAGCUGAGGAACAGCAGGAAGAGAACUUAUCCAGGGAUCGGUAAACAUUCAGUCUCAGGGAUGUUUUCUCUUCCUAUUAUACCUUCAGGUGGAGGUGGCUCAGGUCCUGACUCUCUGGCUGCUGAAAUAAACUCCUCCCUCAGCUGUAAGAAGAGCUCUAGGAACAUGUCCAAGGUGGAUUCCGAGAUAUCAGAUAGUGAAUCAGAUAUUCCUAUCCAUGGGUCAUCAGCAUACAGGAAAGCCGCGAGAACGUACAAAGCUAUUGCACGAGGACAAGUGAAGAAGGAUAAGGAGAUGAGUUCAAGUAAAUCCAGCGUUAAGUCCGCCUUUCAGUCCUACACAAUAUCCAGGGAGAACAGUUUUUCCCCUGAUUUUGAAGAGUUUGAGUUUGCUGGAAAGAAGCUUUAUGAUGAUAUUGAGGCCUCUGAUGAUUCUGGACAUGGACGGAGUACAGAAAUGUCAGGUACAGAUUUUUACUAUUUAUAUUUUAUCAGAUUACAGUCUAGUCAAUACCCGGUGCCAGAAUUUGACCUCGGUCAUGAGCUCCAGCAGGCCCUAGGUCCUGAGGUCAGCCUAACCUCCACCUUGACCUCCACCCGGCCUCACUCCAGCCUUAGUGACUUCCCUCUCCCUGGAUAUAUGUCGGGGACAUCCUCACGACCUCCGUCACGACCGGGAGAGAUGUAUUUGCCCCUCCCACGGCCUCAGCAUGGAUUUGUUCCCUACGAAGACCGGCCUCAAGAUCAGAAUGUUGAAGUUAUUGAGGUUCAAACUGUAGGAGUUCUCCGCCCUCCUUCCUUCCAUCUCAGCUCCUCCCUCCUCCAAUCAACGCCCCUUGGCUCUGUCCCAGGCAGCACUCAGGGGAAAGUGGGUGGAUCCUUGCCUGCCACACCCUCUGGAGGCGGGGGAGGGUUUGAUGCCCCAGUUGCUGGAGGACAUCCUGCCCUGGGAACAAUUCCCGGCCGACGAUUCAGUGAGAAGAUUGAGACGACUUCCCAUCGAGAAUCCUCAGAUUUUGACGAAACUGAACCGCUGGGUCAACUCACUAACACACAGGGCUCCGGUUUGGAUAAACUUCCAUCUGGCUUUGGUCAAGCUCCAUCCGACUUUGGCCAAGUUCCAUCCGGUUUUGGUCAAGUUCCAUCUGGUCUUGGCCAAGUUCCAUCCGGUUUUUGCCAAGUUCCAUCCGGUCUUGGCCAAGUUCCUAGUGAUCCUUACAACUUGAGUUCCAGAGGGUUUGAUGAAACCAGUUCAUGUGCGGAUCAACCUCUCACCCUCUCCUCUCUACCCAAUCAGAGUUUAGGACGGCUGGGACAACCUCCUGUAUCAUCCAGAGCAGGGCACAGUGGAAUGUCUCGAAUGUCUCUAGGACAAGGAGGUUCGGGUUCUCCUUUCUCCGGGCACUCUAGAGCAUGGGAGGAGAGUUCUCUUCACCAGGACCUGGAGUUUGAUCUGUCUGAGCUGGGCUCAAUAUCAGAUCUGAUGAGUGAGGAUGAAACUGAACCCAUCCAAUCCUUCUCUCUCACUUCUACAAGUCUAUCCAGACGGAUAGAUUGUCAGAUAGUUGGAGGGGACAGAACCGGAUCCGGUAUUUCCGGGUUAUAUUCUACGGAUAACAUAUCCGGGAUAUCAACCUUUGACCCGGAGGAAUGGAGUUUCAGUGAUCUACGAAGCUCAGGAGUCCAGAGUCUACAUUUACAAGCGGACAGGACACCGGCAGCUGGAUUACAGACUCGAGGAUCCGGAUCCAAUGCCCGGAUCCCGGAUAGCGGAGUGACCAGCGGAGAUUAUACAGAGGAUCUAUCUGCAGCACAAAGACAGGAUCUAGGUAUGCCGGAUAUAGAUGCUCUGUCAGACGGAGGUUUCUGUGAGAUGGGAACCUAUCCUGGUAUUCAGAUCUCCGAUAGGCCCGGAGUACCGGAGGAGCUGGCAUCUACCCUCCGACAUCUCAACCUCAAGGAGGUGGAGAGAAGGAGGAGACUUCUAUCUAAUAAUACUAGUUUUGAUGUUGCGGAGUGUGCCGGAGAUAGUGAGAUUGCUGGUUUUGAGACGGAAGAAGAAAUCCUACCCUACGGCGUUGAGGUCUUCAAUCCACGCUACGCCUUAGAGGUCUCGGAUCCACGGAGUAGAGAGCAGAAAGGAGUAUUCUAUACUCAGGAGUCAAUUAGAUCUAGGAACUCGAAUAGCUCGUUGAGCGGACGGAUCCAUAGAUUACCGGAUAAACUGAGAAUAAUUAAACCUCUGGAGGGAUCUCUCACCCUUCACCAUUGGAGUAGGCUGGCCACGCCUCAUCUAGGGGGCGUUCUAGAGGAGAGGUUGGGAGUAGCUAUCAAGGGUAACCCUAAGGUUGGACUGGCCCCCCUGGUUGACCUGUAUAGACUAGAAGAGGAUGAAGAGGAGAAGGAUGGAGAAAUGAUGCCCCCCAGUGUGAGAGAAAACACAAGAACUUACAACACGUUGACAAAUAGUACAGUUCUCCACCCUGACACCACUAUACUCUCCUCAUCCUACUCGACGCAGAUAUCAUCAGGAUUUAAUACCAGGGAUAACAGCAGACCUACCUCCCGAAUGAGUACGAGGAGUAACUCAGUUUGUGAACCAGGGAGUAGGACAGGGUUGUAUUCUGUCUCCUCAGAUCUAGGGUUAGCCAGGAUACUCAACCAGAGGAAGAUAUCAGGAGUACGUAGAUCUCAGCUGGACUUAUCUUCAAGUUUAACUCCAAGUGUACUCAACUCUCCAACUAGUUCAAGAAACCUGUCUCCAACAUGUACUCCACCCCAUACUCCAGAGGAAAAUUUACCAGGUUCCCCGGAUGAAGACUCUACGGGGUUGGUGUACAGUUUCUUCUCGUCCCUGAAAACUGCACUCUACGGAGAACAAAAAAAAGAAGAAAGAACGCAUAGGCACAAAAGAAAAAUGGAGGCUAAGAGGGUAAAGCUAGGUAUAAUGGAGGCUGUAGAGGAGGCUGGAGUAGAUCAUCUACUCUCAGACAGAGAAUCAACACCAGGUUCCCUUCCUUCCUUAUCCAUUGUAAGGGGAGAGGAGCCAACUAAGAAGAAAGAAUCUAAACCUCCAAUUCUCUCUGAUUUUGAUGCGCGCUAUCUCGGCGCUCUAGACGAUUUUGACGAAUUGGAGGAUAUCGAACCUGGGUGCUUAACCUUAUCUAAUUCAGAUGGCUGGAAGAGUACUGAAGACUACACAGCAGCUUGGAUCGGUCAACUCACCGUACCUUCUUUAACUGUGACAGGGAGACCAGGACUAGAGAAGAAAACCUUAGGAAGUGUACCCAAAGCGUCCCAGGGUUCUAAUAAGCUAAAGGUUCCAGCCGGCCUGUAUGCUAUGGGAGGACGGGGGCCGGGCAGAAUUGUUUCUCCGGGGGAAAGACGACCACACAACUUUUCAGGGUUGGGAGUCCCAGGACAUGCUGGUACAGGAGCUGUUGGUCAAGCAGUUGGACCUCGUCGUGACCUCGGGACUAUCCCGGGAGCCUCCAGCUUCGACCUUGACCUAAACGUGACCUCGGAAGAGUUUUCACUACCUCGAAGCGAGAGUUUUGUCGGAACUUUAACAAACAUGUUCUUCGGCAGAAAAGGCGGGUUGUUGUGAAGAAAUCCGCAAAAACAACGUUUUCGAAUUUAAGAAGACAUUUGUUUCUGUGUCUCUUGGUAGUUUUGUUAGUAUGAUUAUUAAUUAUUUAGAAAAUUUUAAUGUUUUUGCUUAGUAAAUCUUAGCAAUUAUUUAUGUAAAUAUUUUGUAAAUAUUUCAUAUGAUAUUUUUAGCUUUAUGCAGCCAAGCCUUUAGCUCAGUUAAACCUAUGUUCCCUUCUGUUUGCAAAUCAUUAUGUGUGGGGACAAAGGCUUUUGUGAUAGAUGUAGGCACUAGGCAUUAUAUAAUUUAGCUUGGGUUCAGUUAUUUUAUCAUAUGUAAGAGGAGCUUAACCAGUUAUAUGUACUUAGACGAAUAUUCAUUCUAGAAAUUUGUAUCGAUAUUUUUCAUUCUGCUUCCACUGUUUUUCCUGAAGGUUUGUAACACUUUUUACACCUUUAAGGGACAUAUGUUGUGAUUCCAAGGGACCCUUCACGGGCAGUGUCGAUUCACAACGGUGCUCUAUCUUGUAUCUGAUCAAUAAUUUGAAAGAUAUCGUUUUUUGGUCUAAUUCUGACAAUAAACAUCUACAAUGAAAAAUGCUACGUUAUAAAUGAAAGAAUUAUGCACACACUCUACAGUCCCUAAAAUAAUAUGGAAAAUGUCAGGAAAAUUCAUGGUAAAAUUAUUUUAAAAAGAGCAUUUUUGUAAACUGUCAAUUUUUCUUUCAAAAACUGGAAAGUAUGAUUUGAUCCAACUGUAAAAAUGUUUAUAAAAUUAUGGUGAACUUGUUUCGGUGAUUUAACAUAACAAUUAUUUUACUCUAGAUAUUUCUAAAUUAAUUAUCUAACCAUAUAUAUUUACUUUGGAAUAUGCAGAAAUUUAAUAUGAAAAUUGUUAAGUUUUGCAAUAAAAUUACACAACGA